AUGUUUAAUCCACACAUAUUAGAUUCCCCGGCUGUGAUUUUUGACAACGGGUCAGGGCUCUGCAAAGCAGGCCUUUCUGGUGAGAUUGGGCCCCGUCACGUCAUCAGUUCCAUUGUGGGGCACCCGAAAUACAAGAUGCCCUUGGCAGGUGCCAAUCAGAAGAAGUACUUUGUUGGGGAGGAAGCACUGUACAAAUAUGAGGUCUUACACCUGCGCUACCCCAUCGAGCGCGGGCUGGUCACAGGGUGGGAGGACAUGGCAAAGCUCUGGAAACACCUGUUCGAGUGGGAGCUGGGCGUGAAGCCCAGCGAACGGCCUGUGCUCAUGACUGAGCCCUCCCUGAACCCUAGGGAGAACCGUGAGAAGAUGGCUGAAGUCAUGUUCGAGAACUUCAAUGUGCCCGCCUUCUACCUGUCAGACCAGGCUGUACUGGCACUCUACGCCUCCGCCUGUGUCACAGGCCUGGUGGUGGACAGCGGGGAUGGGGUCACCUGCACCGUUCCUGUCUUUGAGGGCUACUCCCUGCCCCAUGCGGUCACCAAGCUCUACGUAGCAGGCAGGGACAUCACGGAGUUCCUCACCCGGCUCCUCCUGGCCAGUGGGCGGACCUUCCCGUGCCUGCUGGACAAGGGCCUCGUGGAUGACAUCAAAGAGAAGCUGUGCUAUGUGGCCAUAGAGCCGGAGAAGGAGUUCAGCCAGAGGCCAGAGGAGGUCCUGAGAGAGUACAAGCUGCCGGAUGGGAGCGUCAUCAGCAUCGGGGAGCAGCUGUACCAGGCGCCUGAGGCCCUGUUUGUGCCAGAGCACCUGGGCAUCCAGGACCCAGGGCUCUCGAAGAUGGUGUCCAACAGCAUCACCAAGUGUGACACCGACAUUCAGAGGACCCUCUUUGGGGAGAUUGUGUUGUCUGGGGGCACCACCCUGUUCCGGGGGCUCGAUGACCGGCUUCUCAGGGAGCUGGAGCAGCUGGCUGCUAAGGGGACCCCCAUCAAGAUCACGGCUCCUCCCGACCGGUGGUUCUCCACGUGGAUUGGGGCCUCCAUUGUCACCUCUCUGAGCAGCUUCAAGCAGAUGUGGGUCACUGCUGCAGACUUCAAGGAGUUCGGGACGUCUGUGAUCCAGAGAAGAUGCUUCUGA